CUAUUUUAAUAUAUUUUUAAAAUGUAAUGUAUUCCUGUCGAUGGCAAAGCUGAGCAGUCAUUACUCCAGUCUACAGUGACAUGAUCCUUCAGAAAUCAUUCAAAAAUGCUGAUUUGGUGCUAGAGACUUGACUGGAAAUAUUGUUAUGGGGCAACUUGACAAAGCUAAGUCAGCUCUGCUUUUCUCGGUCUAAACCACACCAGAAAUUUCCUUCGCAUCACAUGCUCUCACUAAAAAGUUUCAGUUUGGUUUGCAGACUUCAGUUCCUGACAGCAGAGAUGUCUGGUGGAAAGCGAAGAAAAUGCGAUUGCGAAGUGAGAAUCGGUCAUUCACUAAACGAGGCCGAGAAGAAUCAUGUGACCAGCAGGAGAGAAUCAGCUCUGGAGUGUCUUAAAAAACACGGCAUACAUUGUAGCCUGGACAAGCUGCCCAACAUCGCUCUGCUGGCUUCAGGAGGAGGUGAAAGAGCAAUGGUGGGUUUGCUGGGAUCACUGGUCGCACUGUCUAAAAAUGAUCUGUUGGACUGCAUGCUGUAUCUUGCCGGGAUUUCUGGAUCUACCUGGUGCAUGGCAUCAAUAUACAAAGAACCAAAUUGGUCCAGCAACCUAGAAGCAGUGAAGGAUGACUUUGUACAGAGACUUCUUCAGCCUGACAUCAGUUUCAAGAAGAAAUUGGUGACACUCAAAAAAUACUACAGACAAAAAGACAAUUUCAGUCUGACAGACAUCUGGGCAGUGCUAGUUUUAAGCAAGAUUGUUAAAAAGAUAGAUGAGAGUACUUUAACCAGUCAGAGGAGCCGACACAGCAAAGAUCCUUAUCCCAUCUACACCGUGAUUGAUAUGCAGAGCAGAUUUGAUCAACUAGAAGCAGAGAAAUUUGUUGAGAUCACGCCACAUGAGACUGGCUACUCCAUCCCUGGGGCCUUUGUAGAUACUUCCUGUUUCGGAAGUCAUUUUGACCAAGGGGUUAAAAUAAAAGACCAGCCUGAGAUUGACAUGCUGUUCCUGCAAGGUCUGUGUGGUAGUUUUCUUGCUGACCUAGAAAAAGUACUGGAGGAACUGUUACCUUUAAUCAAAAUGCUAAUGUUGCACGAGUUGGACGUGAUCGGUGACCACUCAUCUUCAGAAAUAAAACAAACAAACAUUCACUCUGUCAGUGAUCCACAUGUGGACGAGGCUGGCGAAGUGCUUUUGACACUUGUGGAACUGAAUCUUCUGGUCUUAAGAAAGGAAGAUCCUUCAUCUCACAUUCAAAUCCUGAAUAACUUACUGAGCGGAAAGCUGGACAAAGAAAAAAAUGAGAAAUUAAUCAUCAUGUCAAAAGAAAUGAAUAAGAAAGACAUUAAGGAAUACACACUUUAUAUAUACAGCCUUCAUUCAUACUGGAAUCUGACAUGCAGCGAGAUAUGGACUGUGAUUGUUAAAUGCAUUGAGUUAGUUACUCACUGGAUGUGGGGCACAACAUACAACUUUCUGUACAACAUGGCAGCGGAGGAGGUGUCUCCAUCUAUUCUUAAAGAGGAAAAGAGGCAUUAUGUUGAUGCUGGGAUUGACAUCAACUCACCUUUUUUGCCAGUGCUGAGGAAAGAGAGACACAUUGACAUCAUUCUGUCCCUUGAUUUCAGUGAGACAGACCCAUUCAAGUCAUUGAUAAAAACCGUAGAUAUGUGCAAAGAUCUACACAUUGAUUUCCCUGAAGUCCCAAAUGACUUAGACGAUGAGAGAGAUGAUCCAAAGGACUUUUAUGUGUUUGAAGGCCCCAAUGCACCGACUGUAAUUCAUAUACCUCUUUUCAACAAGAUGAAUUGUGGCGAUAAAGAAGAAAUUGGAAAGUGGAGGAAAACAUAUAAAACCUUCCAACUCCCCUACGACAGUAAAAUGAUCUAUGACCUACUGGAGAAAGCUGGAAUGAACAUCAAAGAUAACAAAGAGAAGCUUCUGACAGAGAUCCAGAAAGUCAUCAAACGGAAGACAUCAUAAUUUCUUUCCAUUUAUUGAUUCUCAGGUGUGGCUUGUCACAUCACAAUAGAAAUUCACUGGCGUUAGUUCAAAGAAGAGGUGGUUAGAAUGAGAGGGAUUGUUUGUUUGUACUGUCUGAGAGAGUGAUGGAGACACAAAAUAUAUCAACAUUUUGUGGAGCAUACAAAGGGAUAUGGAAUUGUAUUUGUUUAUAAUUGGAAUAAUGGAUAUGAAUAUAGACCUGCUGAUGCAAGUUCUUAAUAUAUGUUAAAUUCAAUAUUAAAGUUCCUUUAGAAGUUUAAUGAACUGAAAGCUCACACAGACACACCAAAACUAUUCUUUUACCAAGUUGUAACUCUUUCUAUAUUUACAGCUAUUUCCCCCACAUAUCCUUCAUUUCAUCACCUGCAUCUUUCAUUUUAUCACAGACAGAAACAAGAAAGUUUUAUCUAUUUUUUAAUUUUUUUUUUUGCUGUUGUUUUUUUAUUAUUUUGAGUUGUUUCUCAUUUACGCCAUUAAAUCAUUUAUAAUGUUACACUUUGCACAUAGGGAAUGGGAUUUUGGGUGGGAAUAAGUAAUGAGUACAGAUUGGAGGACCAAAUUUUAAACUGUGAGAUUAACUGUGACUGUUUUAUUAUAAUGACAGCCCUAGAUUUUAAUGAUGAUAUUUUAAUAACUUGCUGAAAUCCUAGUUGUUUAAUUUUGUACUUAAUGAUACUUUCUUUAUAUCACAGCAUAUAAAAUGGGAAUUUAGACAUAGAAAUAAACAGACUGGACUGUGCUCCUCUUCGGUGUCACAUAAUCCUUCAGAAAUCAUUCUCAUAUGCUGAUUUGCUGAUCAAGAAACAUUUCUUAUUAUUAUUAGUGUUAAAAACAGUUGUGCUGCUUAAUAUUUUUGUGGAAU